AUGUUCAAGAGACUGAUUGUUGCGUGUGAUGGGACGUGGUUGAAUUCAGACAACGGCCUUGUGAACGGCAAACUCGCCAUCCCCAGUAACGUGACGCGGAUGUCACGCGCGAUCAAGGCAGUUAGCCAAGAUGGCAUUCCGCAGAUCGUGAAUUACCACUUUGGCGUGGGGAGUUCGGGCGGGCCUUUGAAUCGCUUCAUCGGCGGGACCACCGGGGAGGGACUAGGCGAUAACGUGCGAGAAGCGUAUUCUUUUCUCGCGAAUAAUUACCACCACGGCGAUGAGAUAUUCCUGCUUGGGUUCUCGAGGGGUGCCUUCACGGCGCGUAGUAUUGCGGGCUUGAUUGGAGAAGUUGGUUUGCUUACGAAGAAGGGCCUCUUUGCGCUUCCGGAGGUGUUUGAAGAUGUCCAGCACAGGCGGGAUCCGAAAUACGUGCCAAAGAACCCCAAUGCCCCCUUCCCGCACAAGCCCAGCGCCAAUUCGCCAAGGUAUGCGGAAGAGUUGGAACGGAGAGGCAUGACGCGAUUAGGCAUCAAGGUCAAAGCUAUCGGCGUCUGGGACACGGUCGGCAGUCUCGGCACGCCGCGAAUAGGCUGGCUCACAAAAGUCGGCCUGCAGUCCUCGGAGAGCAAGGAAAUGGCCUUCUACGACACCAAGCUGUCCAACUGCAUCGAGAAUGCGUUCCAGGCGCUCGCGCUCGACGAACGCCGUAGCGCCUUCAGCCCUGCUGUCUGGGAGAAGCCCGAGGGGAACCGCACGACGCUGCGCCAGGUCUGGUUUCCGGGCGUCCAUUCGAACGUAGGAGGCGGGUAUGACGACCAGCAGCUGGCGAAUAUUACGCUGGCGUGGAUGAUGAGCCAGUUGCAGGAUAUGCUAGAUAUGCGGCCCGAGUAUUUGCUCGAGCAGGACGAGGAGAACGAGAGGUAUUACCGGAAGACGACGGGGCAGGACAUCAGGCCGUGGAGCUUCGGGGAAAUCAGCAAUUCUAUGACCGGCCUGUAUGCUCUCGGCGGAGGAACUACCCGCACGCCAGGCCACUACUACGCCUGCGACCCCACCACCUCGCGCCCGUCCGACCGCCCCCUCCGCGAAACAAACGAAUACAUCCACGCGUCCGUCCGCACGCGCAUCCGCCUGCACGGCCCCGGCGUCGCCGACAAAGCCGACUACGAGUGCCGCGCCCUCACCGACAACUACCGCCUCGUCGUCGACUACGGCACCGCCGACCCUGCGCGCUCCGCCCCCGCGGACAUCUACUGGCGCCUCAAGUGGAAGGACGCCGACGCGAUGAAGAUCCUACCCGAAGCGCCGCUGUGGGGCUUCGAGCGCGAGCUCGCGCGCAAGGACCCAGAUACGUACGAUGAAGUGUGUCGGCCGAGGGCGACGAAGGAGGCGAAGCGGAGGAAGACGGAACGCCCGCGGAGUGCGGAGCUGGGGAAUGGACGGGCGGCGGGCGGGAGGAGGAGCGCCGGCGUGGUGGGAGGGCAGGGGGGGUGCGGAGAGGGAGAGGGAGAGAGAUAG